UUUGCAUCUUCGACCCGCUGUAAUGACCAAAAUACCCUCUCUUGCCUGAAAAACACCCUCCUCAAACCCAAUCCGGGAAAGCCGCCGCCGCCGCCGCAGUCACCAAUGCCACCGGUCGUCUGUUGAGACGCCGCCGACUUGCCGCUCACCACCGACCCGACGCGCAGCCCCUCCUCCAGAUCCAAAAGGUCACGACGGCCACGGAGAGACCUCGAUCGGGAGGUUGUUGCGGCUCAUCAGCUGCCUCAAGGAUGCUCGACAAUCGGCAGCGUCUCGAAUUCGACAGGGAAACCAACGGUUAGCGAUACUUACGAAGAAGAGGCAGGAAGAAGAAGCGGAACAGAGGCGAGGUCUCGGUGGUCGGUCAUUCGGUGGCGCGGCACGGAGGAACAUUCGCGUUCGUGCGUUUAGGCCGCGGCCCGGAAGAUGAUGUCAAUUUUCUAUUGGUCGAAACAAAACUAACUGAAUUUUGUUCUUCACGGCCCCAACUGACUCCACGUGGCCCUGUCUCUCUCUCUCUCUCUCUCUCUCUGUGCGCGCUCUCCUUGUCUAGGGUUUUAGGAUUUCUACCAGUGUCAGAAAAACAUCGCGGGAUCAAGAAACGGCGAGUCAGGAUGUUUCCAAGAUGGAGCAGAGCACUUAGCCAUCUAUCAAGGGUCAGGCCAAUAAGGAAUGUGGAGGUCGGAGAUCAACUUUCCGUGUUCUCUCAUCGGAGCUAUGCCAAGGCUGCAGCUUCAGCACCCAUUGCGCCUGAUUAUGCCGGGAAUGACUUCUCUGGCAGGCCAGCGGUAAGCCUGGAGAGAAUGUUUUGGUCCAAGCCAUGUUCACUGGCUUUGGCCCCAGAUUCCCCAUUAAGAAUUGAAGAACCAAAGGUUGAAGGCAUCCGCCACGUGAUCCUCAAACUGAUGCUCUUUUACAGCAAACAAAGCAGAUCUAUCAGAGGUGCAAAUGUUGUGUACCGGCGAAUCCUUCAUCAAGUCAACAAGCCUGCCAUUUAUGAAGUGUUUAAUUUGGAGCAGACCUUUAAGACUACGUUCUCUUUGCUCGUACUCCAUAUGUGGCUUUGCUUACGUCGAUUGAAAGAAGAAGGAAAAGAAGGUGUUGAAUUUGGGCAAUACUUGUAUGAGAUUUACAAUCAUGAUGUGGAGUUGCGAGUAUCUAAAGCUGGGGUUAACUUAUUGUUGACCAGGUGGAUGAAGGACCUGGAGAAAAUAUUUUAUGGAAAUAUUGUUGCUUAUGAUUCUGCCAUGCUUCCAGAGGCUAAACGCGACGAGAUGACAAACGUAAUUUGGAGGAAUGUUUUCUCUGACGAUGGCUCGCCAACGCCAAACGAUACUGCAGUGCUAGGUGCUGUUCAGGCAAUGGCUAGGUAUGCUUGUCGGGAAUCCUAUUGCCUCUCCUUGACAGACAAAGAGGCAAUGUUCUCUGGGAACUUCAUGUUCACCUCGUUAAAGAGCACAACUGAUUCAGAGAAAAAGUGAUCUCCAAGAGAUGGGGUUGAGAAAUUUCCAAGCCAUCUAAAGAAAAUUAGAUGGUGGCACAAAUGUAAGAGAAAUCAUUGCGUUAUUGGAGGGGCAGUUUGUUCUUAGUCAAAUUUCCCUUAGGAAAGACCUAUUAGACUUCGAUGGAUGUCUUCAGUAUUUCUUUAUUUCUUGUCUAUAAACGAGCAACUUCACCACAGUCAAUAAGAUGAUAUGGACACAUCAUGUUUCAGUUUA